CACUCAGAAGACCUUUACAGAAAACAACAGGCAGAGUAUAAAAGGCGGAGCAGGCGAGUGAGAUGCUUGUUUUUCUUCAAGAAGUUGAAGCGAGAAAGAGCUGGGCUGACGGACGAUUUGAGCAGAGGAUUUGAGCAGCGAGGAGGCGCAGCCGAGAUGUGGGCGUGCCUCAGCCUGCUCCUGGCUCUCUGCCUGCUCCCUGGGGGCGGGGCAGAGACAGAAGGAGGCGGGCCUCGCUGUAAGCUGCCACCGGAUUGGAGGGUGGGGGAGGUGGAGCCUAUGAAGGCAGCAAUGGGCCGGGUGACCGUCGUGGCUCUCUUACAGGCCAGCUGAUUGUUCUGCUUGGUGCAGGCAUCCAGAGUGGACAGCCUGCGCCAGAAGUUGGAGGAUCAGGGUCUUAAAGAUGUGACCUACAUGGUAGUGAACCACCAAGGAGAGCAGGCAAUACACCUGCACUCCCUUUUGGCCCAGAAACUGUCAGAAAAUAUCACACUUUACAAACAGGACUCCCAACAGCCUGAUGUCUGGCAGACUUUAAAUGGAAAGAAGGAUGACUUCCUCAUUUAUGACAGGUGUGGCCGUCUCACCUACCACGUCUCACUUCCUUACUCCGUCAUUGGACAUGGUCAUAUAGAAAGUGCCAUCCGACACACAUACUGCAAACGCAUAUGUGGGGAGUGUGUACAUGAGAGCCCAGAGACCCCAGAGGAGUGCAGUAAGACAGUAGUCGAGCCUGAAGGAGACGGUACCCCAGCGGGAGAGGGGGAGACUGGGCAUGAUCACAAUCAUGGGCGUGGUCACCACCACAGAGGUCAUCAUGGUGUUGGCCAUGAUCGCCACGACGGGCAUGGUCAGCACCAUGGCGAUCAACGUGGCAAUGGCCAGACACGUGGUCAGGGUUAUGCAGCACCUCGUGUGCAUGGGGAGACACAAGGGCAACAACAGGCUGUUGAAGAGCUGGACCUCAGUCAGAUGGACUUUGGGCAGCAGCACAUGGGCCAGCAGGCAAUGCAUAUAGGCCAGAUGCCACAGUUGGCAGAGGGUGCACCUGAGGUGCAAAGACCAUGAGUGUCUGAGAAGACCAGUUGAAAGUUAAAGUACAACUGACAGUGGAGGGCAGGCUCUGAAAAUGAUGCCACCUCUCAGAGCAGCUGAUGCUGACACUGACGACGGCUGUUUGGUGAUGCAGAGAGCGAGCAGUCUAUCGCUCUCUGACACUGUGAUGAGAGACUGCCAGCCUCCUGACAAUGACACAGCCAGACCAGUCCUGUCAGGGAAACCUGACAGUGACGGCUGCCGCCGGCUGACUGACAGCACCCCAUGACAGAACAAAGACCCUGACCCCCAGGUGUUGAGAGCUGAGCAUGAGAGUAGUUUUAAGCUGGCAGGUACUCAAGUAAACCUUACCUGGCCUCAUAAUGACAUCUAGCUAGCAACACUGGGGGAAAGUGCUCAUUAUACCAACAAGUAUUACCCUGAGAGAGCGACAAAAACACCCCAUGAGAGUAUUGAGUGGAUCCAACCAUAGGUGGGCAAUGGUAUCAAUCCAUGUAAAUUCACACAAGUUAACAUUUAAAACAUUUAAUGUUGUGAUUUUGGUAAAAAUGAAAUCACAGCCAAAGAUGGUAUUGGUUGUUUUGUCGGUUGGUUAAUUUUGACUGUAGAUAUGAAAAUAUCUUGAUUGUGUCUUAAUGUAUCUGGACUUCUGAGGAACGAGUUAUCAUAAUCAGUCAUCACUGGUUUAAAAAAAAAGUUAAAUUCCACCUACCUCACCAUCCCUCGGUCAGUGGGUUGUUUUUAUUCUCUCUCAGGCGUGUGUUGGGUGAUUAUGUUAGUAUUGCUCCUCAACCAUUUUUCCCUUUCCAUCCUUUAUGAAGGCAGGUGCAGAAACUACGCUCUAGUGGUACCUGUCUGAGGUCAGACUGGAGAGGUCGGAGGAGAGAGUUCAGUAACAUAAUAAACCCCCAAACAUUCAAACUCAAAUCUCCUAAAGAAUUGUAAAGGGAACUGCAGAAGAGGAGAGAGUUUGAAAUAGUCUCUGUAUUGGCAAAAAAAAAAGAGACGAGAUUAAAAAAAAAAAACUGAAACUGACUGAAACUAACCAAGUUUAAGGAUACGGUAAAAACUAGUGAUGUUGUUCGUGCAAGGAAAAGGCGUCAGACAGUUUAUAGAUAGUCAAUGAUCUUGAAAAAAAAAUCUUAUAAAUGCAUAAAAGACCAACAUUUUAUAACGACAAAUUUGUAUGCAUCUCCUACCAACAUAAUCGAUGCUCGACUCGCUGUCACCCAAACCGCAUUACUUUGAAAGUUUAAACCUUAAAGCAUAAAGUUUUGUUUAUGUUUUGCUUCUGUAGUUGCAGUUUUAAGCUUGUAGAAGCUGCAAACAUCGAUAUAAAUCGUGUUGCAUACAACUUUCUUCUUGAACCUUUCGAACGCUGAAUAAUUAUUUUUUUCUUUUUUUUUGGCUGCAUAGAUUGCAAAUUGCAAACAUUUAUACACGGCUCGUUUGGAAAAGGAGAACUAAAAUUUGCUACUUUAUACAGCUUCAGGCAACUUCGAUGGAAAGUAAGGCAUGUAAGACUGGCACUAAAUGCUUGUUUGAAUACAUUCUGUACUUAAUGAAGGUUUCGAGGGGAAGACAGACAAGAGUCACCCAGAAGCCCUGAUGUUUGCACAGAAAGUUCAAUUUCAUUGUGUGGAUUGCCAGACAUGGAAAAAAAAACCAAAAAUAAAGACUGCUGGAUGGA